AGAUCAAAUGAACAAGGUGGAAGAUGAAAUGGCUCUUAUCUCCCCAUUUAACUCUGGUGCAUUCUCCCAAAUUGCACCUCAACAAGCGGAAGCAAAGCCUCGACGGCGGCGGAAGAGGAACAAAGGAGGGGAAAACAGCCUUUUAGGGGCUAAAAAGAGGAAGCUUACCCAGGAACAAGUUGAUGUCCUUGAACUUAAUUUUGGUAAUGAACAUAAACUUGAGUCUGAAAAGAAAGACAGACUCGCUUGCGAACUCGGACUCGAUCCUCGUCAAAUCGCCGUUUGGUUCCAGAACCGAAGAGCUCGCUGGAAGAACAAGAAGCUCGAGGAAGAGUUUAGCAAGCUGAAUUCGGUCCACGACGGCGUCGUUCUCGAGAAAUGUCGUCUUGAAUCAGAGGUUAUAAAGCUUAAAGAGAAGCUGUGUGAAGCACAGAAGGAAAUCCAACAGCUGGGGGAGCGAGUAGAUGGGUUAUCGAGUAACGGUCCAAGCUUAUCUAUGACCAUGGAUGCGGCAUUCCUAGGUGAAUUUGGAGAUGUUUUCUGCAUAGCAGAGAACAGUUACAUGGAGUGGAUGAAUCUGUUCAUGUAG